UCCCAGGCCACCAGGAGUUGCACUCAUCUGCGCAUGUGCAGUGCCAAAGGGCGGCUGGUCUCUCCCUUAAUGAAGAUGGCGGCCCUGGCCUCUUUCCAGUAGCACUUCGGGCCCAGAUUUUCCGUAAAGUCCUAGCACUGCAGGUGCGUCUUUGUAAUACCUUUGGUUGCAUUUUCUUCAUUUCUUAGCCCGAUAAACGCCGGGAUACUCUUCACAUUUGAAUAUGAACAACGUUUGCGUGCUGUCUGACGGGUGAGGCCUCUAGGUUUCCUGCCGUGUAAGAAAGACAAGACGGUAACAAAAAACGCUAGUGGUGUUCUGACUGCCGACUUGCACUGGAACGCUAAGGGAAAGUCUCCACGAGCCCUGUUUGGCUUCCAGUCCUCGCCCCACCCAUUUUUGCGCACGCAGUGGACGGCCCAGACCAUUGGCUUCUGUUACGAACUCGACCCGGCGCGGCGAUUGGUCGAUUGUAAAUCCGGAACGCUGUGACUGGUCCGCGGAAACGUCUCGGAGCGCGCGCGGGAGCAGAUGCGAGCCGGUACUUCCAUGGUCACGAUGGCGCUCCAGGACCUCUGGAGAGAUCUGCAGCCUUGGUGUCCGCUGGAUCUCAGCCUCGAAUGGGUGAACUCAGUGUGGGAACUGGACUUCACGGAGACUGAGCCUUUGAAUCCCAGCAUAGUAGCAGAGAUCUUAGAGAACGGAAUAGAUGCAUUCACAUCACUCUAUGGGAGUCUUUUCCCCUUUGCUGCUGAAGAAAACGGAUCUCUAGAGAGCAUCUGGACCUUCUUCAUUGAGAAUAAAAUUUCCAUUAAUACACUGGUGGCAUUAUUCUGUCACUUCGUCCAGGAAGCACAUAAAAAAGAUGCCAGUGUACAAUAUCGAGAAUAUGGCCUUCAUGCUGCUGGCCUCUAUUUUUUGCUACUAGAAAUACCAGGCAGUGUAGUCAAUCAAGUAUUCCACCCUGUGAUGUUUGACAAGUGUAUUCAGAUUCUAAAGAAGAGCUGGCCUCAAGAAUCUAACUUGAGUCAAAAAAGAAAAAAGGAACACUUCAGGAGUUCUAAGGAUAUUCAUAGGAGGGGCAGAAAAAGAGGAAAACUGCCUAGGAAAGAAGAUAAUCAGGAGGAUGACUUUUCAGGCGAGGAAGAGGAGGAGGAAGAGGAAAUUUAUUUUUCUGCCCAGGACCUUUGUCAAAUACGGAAUGCCAUAUUUAAUCUUCUAAAGAAUUUUUUAAGGCUUCUUCCCAAGUUUUCCCUUAAAGAAAAGCCACAGUGUAUACAAACUUGUAUAGAGGUGUUUGUUGCAUUAACUAGUUUUGAGCCAAUUCCUCAUAAAUUUCUUCUUUCACAAGCCAGGAACCUUACUGGAGUAAAAUACAUAUCAGAGCUGGCCUAUUAUGGAUUGUAUUUGCUGUGCUCCCCAAUCCAUGGAGGAGGAAAUAAGGUUAUUGGUUCUAUUUUCCGUCAAAUCCUAAAUGUAAUAUUGAUGUUAGAAGUAGGAGAAAGGUCCCGUUGUGGCCCCCUUGCAAUAACUUCACAAGCCAUUAACUCUAGAAACCAGGCGGUCCAAUUUAUCAGCUCACUUGUGGAUGAACUACAAGAAAGCGUAUUCCCAGUCCUUGGUACUUUAUUGCAGCAUAUCUGUGCCAAGGUGGUAGAUAAAGCAGAGUAUCGGACCUAUGCAGCACAGUCCCUGGUCCAGUUGCUUAAUAAACUUCCCUCUGAGUCAUAUGCUACAUUUGUUGCCUGGCUUUACAAAUAUUCACGGAGUUCUAAGAUUCCACACCGGGUUUUCACUCUUGAUGUUGCUUUAGCUCUCUUAGAGCUACCUGAAAGAGAGGCGGAUGACACUGUGUCAUCGGAGCAUCAGAAGUUUCUAAAGCACAAAUUCUUUGUGCAAGAAAUUAUAUUUGAUCGUUGCUUAGACAAGGCACCUACUGUCCGCAGCAAGGCGCUGUCCAGCUUUGCACAUUGUCUGGAGCUGACCUCUAGCAGCACGUCAGAGAGUGUAUUGGAGAUCUUCAUUAAUAGUCGUCUAGUCUCAGGGAUACAGAGUCACUCUGGCUCUUUAGUGAGACAAUCAACAGGUUGGCCCUCGAUGCAGAGCGAUACUGGCAACAACGGUGAAAGAAUCCAGUCUGGAGAGAGAUGCUUCAUGGCAAUGCUGAGAAAAAGGACUAGGGACGAAAAGAUCAACGUCAGGAAGUCUGCACUCCAGGUGUUAGUGAAUAUUCUGAAACACUGUGACAUCUCGCUCAUGGAGGAGGACCUGUUCAUCCUGCAAGAGCAUUGUCGAGACCCUGCCUUAUCUGUGCGGAAGCAGGCCUUACAGUCCCUUACAGAACUUGUUAUGGCCCAGCCUACUUGUGUGCCAGUCCAGAAAGCCUGGUUGAUGGGAGUCAUCCCAGUGGUGAUGGACUGUGAAAGCACAGUGCAAGAAAAGGCCUUGGAAUGCCUGGACCAGCUCCUGUUGCAGAAUCUUAAGCAUCACAAGAAAUUUCACAAUGAGGACAGAAGCCAAGUGCUUGCUUGGGCACUACUUGCUCUCCUUACUACGGAAAGCCAGGGCCUCAGCCGCUAUUUAAAUAAGGCUUUUCGUAUUUGGUCCAAGAAAGAUAAAUUCUCAUCCACUUUUAUAAACAGUGUGAUAUCCCACACUGUCACCGAGCACUCAGCACCAGCAUGGAUGCUGCUCUCCAAGAUCACUUGCUCAUCACCCAAGCUGGACUACACCAAAAUAAUGGAGUCAUGGGAGAAACUCAGCAGUGAACAGUCUCCAAAUCCAAACAUCUUAGGUUAUAUGCUAUGUGUCAUUGGGCAUAUUGCAAAGCACCUUCCCAGGAGCACCCGGGACAAAAUAGCUGGUAUUAUCAAAGGCAAGCUGAAUGGAUUUCAGUGGUCUCUGGAGCUCAUCAGUUCGUCUGUUGACACUUUGCAAGGGCUCUGCCGAGCGUCUGCAAAGACAGGGCUGGAAGAGCAGGAACUGCUGAAUCAGGUGUGCAGGGAUGUGCUCUCCACCUGCGAGCACCACCUCUCUGACGUCCUUCUGAAGGAAGAUGGGGCAGGGCACAUGAAUGAAGACCUGGUGGUGAAAUGUAUUUUUACCAUAGGAGAUAUAGGCCAGUUAUGUCCAGCUAUAGUGGAGAAACGAAUCUUCCUUCUAAUCCAGUCUAUUCUGGCUUCUUCUUCUCAUGUGGAUCACUUACCAUCAUCUCAAGGGACCACAGAUGCCCUAGCCAGUCAGCUGCCUUUCCAGAUCAGCUCUGCCAUGCCUUCCGUGAUUAGAGCACAUGCCGUCAUCACUUUAGGUAAACUGUGUUUACAGCAUGAAGACCUUGCAAAGAAAAGCAUCCCAGCCCUUGUGCGAGAACUUGAAGUGUGUGAGGAUGUGGCCGUCCGCAACAAUGUCAUCAUUGUGAUGUGUGAUCUUUGUAUCCGGUACACUGUCAUGGUGGACAAUUAUAUUCCCAAUAUUUCCAUUUGUCUGAAGGAUUCAGAUCCAUUUAUCCGAAAGCAGACACUGAUCUUGCUUACCAACCUCUUACAGGAAGAAUAUGUGAAAUGGAAGGGCUGUCUCUUCUUUCGAUUCGUCAGCACUCUGGUGGAUCCACAACCGGACAUUGCCAGCCUUGGGGAGUUUUGCCUUGCUCACCUGUUGCUGAAGAGGAACCCCACCAUGUUUUUCCAGCACUUCAUUGAGUGUAUAUUCCACUUCAACAGCUAUGAGAAACAUGGGCAGUACAACAAGUUUUCCCAGUCAGAGAGAGGGAAGCGGCUGUUUUUGCUAAAGGGAAAGACAAACAAGGAGAAGCGAAUGAGAAUCUACAAGUUUCUUCUUGAGCACUUCACAGAUGAGCAGCGAUUCAAUGUCACUUCCAAAAUCUGCCUUAAUAUUUUAGCAUGUUUCACUGAUGGCAUCUUGCCCUUGGACAUGGAGGCCAGCGAGUUGCUCUCGGAUACCUUUGACAUCCUCAGCUCAAAGGAGAUCAAGCUGUUGGCAAUGAGAGCUCAGGCAUGCAAGGACCUCCUGGAGGAAGAUGACAUGGCUCUGGCAAAUGUGGUCAUGCAGGAAGCCCAGAUGAAGAUCAUCUCACAGGUCCAAAAGAGGAAUUUCAUAGAGAAUAUUAUUCCAAUUAUCACCUCCCUGAAGACUGUGCUGGAGAAAAACAAGAUCCCUGCUUUGCGGGAACUCAUGAACUACCUCAGGGAGGUGAUGCAGGAUUACCGAGAUGAAAUCAAAGAUUUCUUCGCAGUUGACAAACAGCUGGCCGCUGAGCUUGAGUAUGACAUGAAGAAGUACAAUGAACAGUUAGCCCAGGAACAAGCUCUGACAGAACAUGCUAAUGCGAGCAGAAUGGGAGACGAUGAUGGCAGAGCACAGGCCGUGCAGAGUGCUCCUGACUUACAAGCCGUACCUGCUGCUGCUGACCAGGAAAAUGGUAACGCGUCUCUGGCCAACAGCCAGCCUUCAGUACCUGGGUCCAACUUCACCCCAACUUUGUCUCCCAUAUUCGAAAACGGGCCUCUGAAGACGAUGCCCAAUGCCAGGUCCAUGUCCCUGAGUACCAUCGCAAUCCUGAACUCAGUCAAGAAAGCCGUCGAGGCGAAGAGCAGGAGUCACAGCCGCAGCUUAGGAGCCUUGCCUUUCAGUGUAGAGUCAGGAAGCCCAGAAAAGUCCCACAGCUCUGCAACUUCCUUAAGCAUGGAGCAGGAGUCCAGUAAACCUGUCAGACCUGUAACUAAACGGGCGAUCAGCACCCCAGAGCGGUCCAUCAAUAACGUCACAUUUGGAGCGGGGGUCAGUUACAUAGGGACACCAGCAACUCCGUUUCUUACCAAAGAGAAAGUUGAAGCUCAGGAGCAAGGAAAUGACAUUUUAUGUUUAUCACUGCCUGAUAAAUCGCCUCCACAGUCUCCACAGUGGAACAUAAAGUCUCUAGCCAGAAACAACGGCAACCCAAGAUCCAGCAGGAGGUCCCUCCGCAAGAUCCCCCUGAAGACAGCCAACUGAAAUAGUGUGUGUGAGCAGUGACUGAAGGCAGAGCCCUGCGGGACACUGGCCUUUCCCAUGUGGAAGGGAAAAGGGUGGCGUGGGCAUGGUCUACAUGCGCAGAGACUUGCCGUACAGUGCCGCCAGUUCUUUUCGUAGGAUGCCAACAUGACUUUGUUCAACUUGUGCUGGCUGACCAACCUUCCAUAGUUCUGUUUAUUUUACUGCAGUUGAGAUUUGUAAAUAUAUAGAGAUGGCAUAUCUAGACUUUUUUUUUUUUUACAAUAACAUUAAGCUAUUUAAUAUUGUGAUGUGUUUGAGUGUUAAACCUGUGGAUAAGUUACAAUCUGGUUUUUAAGGAACACAAUUUUAGAAACUAGAUUUCCUCUGUGUAACUCAAGUGUCUAUAGCUUCUCCAAAUUCACUAUGACAGAUAUUUCUCCUUAAUGGCAAAAUCUGAAUUGAAAUAUUUUUCUAUUAUUUAUAAUUGAAGAUUUUUAUUAAAAGAGAUGUACAGUCUUUCUAAAAUUAAGGAAUAAAGGUCAAAUAUAA